AUGGCGACGCCGCCGCCGCGGCUCCACCUCGUCCACUUCAGCGUCGACGCCGCCGACGAGGACCGCGACGACGACGACGAACGAACGACGGAGAGGAAGGGGCCCCACACGCAGUGCGCGCUCCUCUGGUGCGACGAGGCCACCGCGCGAGAUCCACCGUCCGGGUGCGUGCCGGUCGACCCCGUCGCGGGUCUGGCGUCUUUGGGACCGGGCUACCGCGGCGUGCGCGGUGCCGAGGCGGUGGCGGCGCUCGUGGGCGCGUGCGCCAGCGCCGCGCACGUCGUCCCGGACGCGACCCAGCGCUCGAAGCCCGACGAGGAGCUGCGCAUCAUCACGCCAAGCCCAUCGUCGUCGUCGUCGGAGCCCCUCGCGGUGUCGCCGUCGGCGAUGUCGCUGUGCGUUCGCGUCGCGGCGGCGCUCGGCGACGACGACGGCUGGCGACCGACGAGGGUGUGCGAGCUCGGCUCCGGGACCGGCGCGGCGGGCCUCCUCGUCGCCCGCAUGCUCACCUCUACACGCGGCGCACGCGAGCUCGGCGCGCGGCCGCUCGUGUUGCUGACGGACAGGGACACCGCGGCGCUGGAGGUGAUCGCGUCGAACGUGCGUUUGAACGCGCGGGGGUGGGCGAGGUGCGUGCCGCAGCGGUUGCAGUGGGACAGGCGCGACGAGCGCUCGAGGGCGACGCGAAGGGCGGCGGAAGACGAUCGGAUACCCUUACACGAUCAGACGCACUCGAAGCACUCAGAUGCACUCGGAGGAUCUUCGUCCGGAGUGCCUCCGCCGGCGCCGUUCGACCUCGUGCUCGCGUCGGACGUCCUCCGCGGGUCGCGAGUCGACGACGUGCACCACCUGCUGGACACCGCGACGGAGCUGCUGAGCGGCGCGCGGCGCGGCGCGAGGCUGGUGCUCUCGCACCCGGUCGUAACCGACGCGGUGUCAUUCGAACACGCGAAUCCGUCCUCGGCGCGAGUCACGAAAACGGAGCUGACGCAUCUCGACUUCGUGGAUGACGACGACGACUUCGUGGACGGCGAGUACGGCGACGUCGGGGCGGAUGAAGGGCACGAUGACGCGCUGGACGCCUUCGUCGCCGCCGCGCGCGCCCGGGGGUUCGCCGUUCGAGAGUGGUUUCCGGAAACCGAAACCAAAAGCCAAAAGCCAAAGCCAAAACCAUUUUUGGCCAAAAACCAAAAACCGAAACGGGCGCGAACGUUCGACGUGUACCUCCCCGGCGCGUGCCCCGGUGCGCACCUGGCGGGGUACGUCGACGUCGUCGCACAGAGGGCGGUGGAUAUGCGACGGGAGGAGGAUCGCGGGCUGAGGGCACUGAUGCGCGAGAGGUACGCGCGUGGUUGGACGCCGCCACCGUCGCCGCCGGUGCCGACGAUGGAGCCGCCGGCGCGGUCGUCGUCGUCGAUCGGGACGGAGGCGGCGGCGUUGGGGAGAGACGGGGACGGGGACGGGGACGGGGACGGGGGGAAGAUGAGCGCCGGGUCGAAACAGUCGUCGCCCGGUAAGCGGAAGAAGGGCGGGUUCUGCGUCGUCUCCUGA